ACAAGAACAGUUGGAACUUUGUACUGGUACUCCUAUUCGUCCAUCUGGCGACGUGUUGCAGAAUUCCUUUUAUUUGAGUGCGCGUUUUAACAGCAUCAAAACUUGAACCUCUGUAGUAAGUACACUGAGCAGCGUAAAUACGUAUCAACAUGUCGCAGAAGGAAUGUUCCGAGUUGUUUCUCCGGCUGAAGCGGCUCAGCAAGGGUGCGAACUUGGCACAGUUUUACAAUGCCAAGACCAAGGCGUGGAACGUGUCCCUGCUGCAGAAGGAGCUGAAGCAGGCACAAGACCGAAACGGUGGCGCAGGAGGAAACUCCAAAUCCUCGUCAUCUUCUUCCAAGCGGUUGGAUGUUGACGACGAAGUCUUGUCGGAAUUUGGAGGCGUGCCGCUCAGAGAGGACUUCGUCCAGGAAGAUGCCAAGAGAAGGCGACUGGAAAGAGAAGAUGAGGAGGCGGCGGCCAGACGCGAGCGAGCGGUUGUCGGUGGAGUCGAUGGGCGGGGACUUGACGAUGCUGGCGUUCUCGUAGGCGAAAAUGCAAGCAAAAGUCUUGAGGAACCAGCCUGGUUUGAGCACCCCCCGCCUCGGUCGGGCGACCCGAUACGCGCCACCGUGGUUGCGUUUGACGCGGAAAAAAAUCGCGGUUGGGUGACGGGCCCGGACUUCGCACGCAAAGCGACUUUUAAAAUGCCGGCCAGCCAAGAACAAGGCGCAAGAAAUGGCGGGAAACCAACUUUUUCGGUCGGCGAUAGUGUUUCAUUUGAAAGAGUCACAUGGUUUCCGAACGGCGUGCCAGAGGCGCAGGGCGUGCAGAGAGUCGAACAUUAUCAAGAUGAAGAUGAACAGCGCGGCCAAGAUUCACGCGAACGAGAGGACAAAGAACGUGGUGACGGAAUAGAAAUGAGAAAUGAGGAACCACACGAGCAGCCGAAGGUGGAACUGCAAAAGGCAAAGAUAAAACCGAUGAUCAAGCCGAUCCGAUUCACGGACUUACCUUUGGAGAAGCAAUUUCCUGGGCAGCAGCAACAUUCUGCCAGUGCGUCAUCGACCGCCGCCGGUCGCAAGCCGGGAACAGCAUCAAUGGCGCCAGAAAAGAGCGCACCAUCAGGAGGAAUUUCUCUUCUUGCCCGAAAACAAGACAACGUGGCCGCGACGACUUCCGCAGCGGGAGAUGAGCCAGUGGUCCUUGCAAGAAACAGCAAGCCCGUCAAUUACCACGUUAAAACGUGCGCCGUCCCUGAACCCGCUUUGCAGCAGUGAGAAGUGUUUGUGAUGCAGAUGUUCCACCAUGUAGAACUAGAACUAGAAGGCAUGAAACGAGUCGGACGCUCAGCUUCAGAUACACAGAAACACAUGCCGUGCGUCAUAUACGGGCAUAUCUUGAAGACGAGUUCCUACUUAGCUGUCUCGUUAUCGUAAAAAUUUCUGUUUCCCAAACAAUACGAAAUCUCGCUGUAAGGGCGGGACGCAUUUCCUUUCGAUAUCCGCUCGGCCAUGACGUUGACGUCGGCUGCAGCGGCAGCUGCUGCGCCCUCCUCGUCCUCCAGCAGUCACAGCGCGAAUCCGCCCGAUGGCGUGCUGCCUAAAAAGGCCAAGCUCGUCCCGGGUCCCUCUGGGAAGGUUCGAGACGUCGCGCGUGUCGUCCGGUGGAUGGAGAAGAAGGGCUACGGCUACAUCGAGAGCGAUAAGCUGUACAACGAGCACGGGUGCCAGAUUUUCGUGCACUGCCACGACCUGGACGACCCGGAGCUGGACAUUCGCGAGGGCGACGAGGUGUACUACGGCCAGUUGGCACGCAACGAGCGGCACCAGCUGUACGCCACGGGGGUGCGGCUGAAGGACCCUCUUGUCGCUGCGGAGCGCAAGCGCGUGCACACUUCCGUGUUCUUCAGCAACGUCCCCUUCAAGUACACGGAGGCCGAGCUGAUGGAGUUUUUCCUCCGCCACUGCGGUCCCGUGAGCCACUUCAAACUGUUCCUGGACCCCCACGGGCGGUCCCGAGGCCAGGGCGUCGUGCGGUUCUGCGACGAGGUGUCGUUCGAGAAGGCGCUCGCGCUCCACGACACCCGGAUUCGUCCGUCGGACCCCGCAAAUCGAUUGCUCUGCGUAGAGCAGAGCCGUUUCCACAUACCCAUCGGGAAAGCAGACGCGCCUCCGACCCCCGCGACCGGCGGAGGAGAGCAGGGGAACAAUACUGGUCAUCAUGGUGGGGCGAGCAGCAGUAGCAAGCGGGGAGAAGUGGAAGAUGAACGUGCGGCGGAAGAGGAAAUGGAUGUAGAGGAGCCUUCGUUAUCCAUUCUUGCAAAUUAUAUGUCACAAGCUGCUGGUUGUGCAUGCGAGUUUUUUUCGUGUCGCAUCAUUCAUUCCAGAUUCAGACAUCUUGUGACAUAUGUCGAGUGCAUAUUCGUCGUCCCCGAAGAACAGGCACGGCCGGCGCCGUCAGGAGCCGCGGGAAGAUGAUGUAGCAGCGAAUGUGGACGAAGAAAGGAACCGCGACGUGGAAAACUUUCUUAAGAAGGAGCGAUUUCCCAAGAAUCGGGGAGGACCCGCAAAAAGACGCGGUCGGUGGUGAACGGAGUACACUCGGGACCGCACACAUGUUGCUGCAUUCUUGAUCAUGCAAGUUGUGCUUCUUGAACACAAACUGUGCCCAGACGUUGCGUUGAG